AUGCCGCUCAUACUGGACGCGCAAAGACUCCGCAGACUGAGAGCUGGAUAUAUGCGCACUCCGAUCGCAGGUGACGCAAGACCUGCUAUCUGGAGCCGUGCUCUUGAAGAAGGCAUCCAGAACGCUCAAUCCUCAAUCAGAAUCGAGCCAAGAAUUGAUGAGAAUAUGAAUGUCCGAGUUCUAGUCCGAGAUGGCGCCAGAGCUGAAUACCAGGAUGGCAGUGUUCCGGAAAACGGCGAUCAGAGGGUUCCAACUCUGGUCAUAACCGGCCCAGGCGCUGAAAACCAGAACCCCAAUGUCGUGGGAACGGCGCACGCACGUGUUGAAGCUCCAGUUACACGUCCAGCUGAAACUGGUGCGGAAUCUAAGAACGACGGCGGAGUUUCUGCUGGUCCCGAGGCAACGGCAGAGCAGCUCAAAGCCCCCAGAAACAACCCGAUGACGCGUGACGAGAUCAUGUCCAUGUGGCUUUCUCGACUUCAGACCGGAAUCGAACCGGAUCCAAUCCCGCCUGUCCCCGAUCGCGGGCCCAUCUACCGGUACCCGGGCCGAGUUAUGAUGCAUCCUGAACAUGAAAGAAUCGUGCGCCGCGCGCUGGGCAAGGAGCGUAUCCUAGUGCCACCUAUCCAACAAGUAGCUGGCGGAUCUCGUCCUUACGUCCACAACUCGGAGCCGCCCAAGCCGAUGAGUGCAUACAUCAAGCUGUGGAAUAACCCGCCGCCACGCUACAUCCCCAAAAAAUAUCGCGCCCCUCCCCGUCGUCCGCGUCCCGAUCGUCCGCCUAAUCCAGAUCUUUACCUGGAGAAAGCGCUGCUCGACGAGAGUCAAAGAUGGCUAGACACCCAAGAUCGACUCAAAGCCGUCGCGGGCAGACGCCUGCUUCGCAAGCAGCUGUUCCAAAUUGGCGCAGCUAAACUGCCUCCUGGCCAGCCAGCGAAUUGGGAUACUCACUGCAACUACAUUCUCUGGACCAGCCGCGGAACCGUUUCGAUGAUUACCGAGCGUUUGCAGGCACUGUUCGGCUUUGACCCUCCGCUGCAGAAGUCCUUCGUCGCUGAGAGACUGAAUGGAGCGAACGCCGGGAAGCAUGCCGAAUUCUUGAAAGAGUUUGCCCCUGGCGAAGCCCACUCGAUCCAACGCGCAGAAGCUCGAUUCGCAAUGCACAAAGCUAAACGUGACGAUCCCAAGGUCCGCAAUGGCUCCCAAGUGAUUGAGGUCGAGCAGUUCAACUAUGACGACUCGCGAUAUGAAAAACCAAGAAGACUGUACAAUGCUCCCGUUGACUGGAAUCGCGAUGAUGACGCCAUCCUCUUUCUGUAUUUGGGACAGGACCCGCGCAAAUUCCUGCAGCACUAUGGUUGGGUUUUCAAGGGAGCGCUGACUGAUCCAUUCAUUCGCGUUCGCAUGGGCCAGGUCACCCAUCUUGGCUUCACUGAGCUCGAGUUGGCAAGAGCUCGGGAGCGUUACGGGAUCAUCCAAGCUAACAUCGCGAACUGA